AUGAUGCUCCGCCAUGUUUGGUGCAUGUUGGUCCCGCUGCUCCAUUUGAGGCAGAGCUCGGGAGAGGCAAACUCGGUCAUCGAGAAGCUGAUCAGCGCUCACUACCCAUCACAAUACGUGGUGCAAAGACUUAGGCAGGGGCAGCUGAUCUCCAUUGACGGCCGGCUUGAUGAAGAAGCUUGGGCAGAGGUACCAUGGCUGGACAAGUUCAUGGACCUUGCUGGCCCACGCCACGGCAGUGUGAGGACAGACUGGCAAGAAGCAUCACGGGACUAUGCGAGGCGUCUUACUGGAUCACCGAAUCCAACCCGAGUGAAGCUCCGCUGGGACGAGGACUUCUUGUACGUUGGAGCAGAGCUACUCUCGAAGCACGUGGCUGCUUCUGUGGAGGGCCACUGCGACAAUCUCCACAGCAGUGUGUGGAAGGCAACCCCAGUACUGCCCUAUUUCGACGAUGACUUCGAGGUUUUCAUAGAUCCAUCUCAAAGCAACUACUUCUAUGUGGAGUUCGAGAUGAAUGCCAGGAACGCAACUUAUGACACUCUUUGGUCUCUGCCCCAGGCCGGCCUGGGUUCAGUCGCACCUGAGUGUGCCCUAUGCUGCAACACCACUUGGAAUGCAGGCAAAGGUCUGUGCGACCAUGACGCCGAGAAGGAAGGCGGGUCGUGGACAAUGGAGAUGUUUGCAGACGCUGCACGUCCCGGCGAUGGGAUGUUGUCUGCAACGACGAACACGACGGAUGGCUGGACGCUGGAAAUUCGGUUUCCCAUUCUUUCGAGCCCCUUGCAUGGAGGCUUGCUGAAUCGACCUGCCUCGCAGCACCUGCCGUAUUCUUCGGUGGAGAGCUUGCACCCAGUUCAGGGCCAGAGGUUCUGGUGGGCAACGUUUGCGAAUGCACUGCAUCUGGGCUGGUGGAGCAAGCUCACAACUUCCGACACCCAGCAUCCCGAGUUCAUCAAGUGGCUCUGUGAAGAAGUCAUCCGCGAAGAUGAGCGAAGAUACGGCUUCUCCCAGUUUCUGGUGGACGCCAACAACGCGGCACCCACCUGCUACUACGAGGCGGCGUCACAAAACCUCGGUGGCCACCAGUACAUGCACAAUCCAGACCAGUUUGGUUACUUGCAGUUCGCGAAUGCUACCGCCCCAAUCUGCAGCAAUGUCUGCUGGCUGGCUCGUUUCGUGCUCGCGCAGAUCUACCAGGCGGAGGUACACUAUCUGAUGACAGCCGGCCAGGGCAGCUUCACCUCGAAGAUCGGGGACCUGUUGUCGGUGGCAACGUGCGACAUUUCCAACGCUUGCAAUGUGACCACCCUGCUGGAUGCUCUCAACUAUGUGGACAUCAGCAUCUAUGCGGCUGAUGGCAAGAGGACUGGCGAGUGUGUGCGCUACGCAAUUCCGGGGGUGCAGAACUCCAGCUCCACCGGUGGACCAUGCUUCACGGCUUUCGUGACCUACACCAUACGCAGCAAGGGCGAUCCAACCAAGACCAAGAACAUCGAGGCAUCCAUCAAUGAGGCCCGAUUGAUGUCGCAGCCAGAAGUGGGCCAGAGGCCGGGAACUCGAGAACAUCGACAAAAUAGAGCAUAG